AUGUCGAAUCAAAUCCCUCUCACAUCCUCUUUGGCUUCCCUAUCGAUUCGUCUCCAUUCCUCAUUGACUUAUCGUUUCCCUGCCAGCACCGUUCAAUCCUCUAUUGUCUCUUCAGAUCUCCUAGUAUUUUACAAGGGGCUCAAAUUCAAAACGGCAACAAUCAUAAGUUCCAGAAUUUCUGUACCUAUUGUCGUUGAAGAUGACAAGGCUGCACUUGCGAGUGAACACUUCCUAAGGAAUAGAGCACUUGAAGUAAAAAUAGCUACACCAAAGGAGGAAAUGAGAGCACCUUCAAAAAAAGUCACCAGGAUAUUUGUUGCUAGAUUUCCUCCCUUAGUUAUAGAAGAUGAAUAUAGGAGCCAUUUUGAUAAAUUUGGUGAAAUUACGGAUUUGUACAUGCCCAAGGAUCCAAGUACCAAAGGCAUCGUGGAAUUGGUUUCACUACUUUUGCAACUGCUGGAGACUAUUGACCACCUACUCUAUCCUAAUCCUGGAUCAGGAAUGAUACAUGAACAACAUCUUCAGUUUUUCCAUUUUCUUGGAAUUAUACUCGGAAAGGCAAUGUUUGAAGGGAUGCUUGUAGAUAUACCAUUUGCAACUUUUCUCUUGAGCAAACUAAAGCAAAACCUCCUACACAUUCUAAUGAACUAG